GCGGCGUCGCCUGUUGACGUCGUCAUCAGGCGGCGCACAAGUGUGGGGACAGCAACACGUUUUCCAGUCCAUUUUAAUGCCGCUCGCUCGCCUGACAGCAUAAGAUGUCGUCACUGCUCAAAGUGGAUAAUGAAAUUAAAACCAAGGUUGAUGCAUUCCGAGAGCGUAUCACUGCAGAGGCCGAGGACCUAGUUGCUAAUUUUUUCCCAAAGAAGUUAUUGGAACUCGACCUCUUCCUUAAGGAUCCCAUCAUCAACAUAGUGGAGAUGAAGGACAUCCAUUCAGAGAUCAACCUGACGGUGCCUGACCCCAUCCUGCUGUCAAACCUCCAUGACGGGAUUGACGGACAAAACUCCAAAAAGAGGAAGCUGGAGGAGGAAGAUGCAGUGGACAAGGUGACUGGCACCAAGGUGUUUGUCAUGCCGGGGGGGAUGAUGAAGAGCAACAGCAACCUGGCUGUUCUAAUAGAAAAGGUCAAACCGGAGAUCCGGACGCUCUUAGAGAAAUGUAACACAGUGAGUGUCCUUGCCGUCGCCAUGGAAGGAAAACCUGUUAGUUGGUCUUCAGCGUGCUUUUUCCUCGUCCCCGUGCAGGUGAAAAUGUGGGUGCAGCUGCUGAUUCCCAGGAUAGAGGACGGCAACAACUUUGGUGUGUCCAUCCAGGAGGAGACUGUUGCUGAACUCCGAACAGUGGAAGGGGAGGCGUCUUGUUACCUGGACCAGAUAACCAGAUAUUACAUCACUCGGGCAAAGCUGGUUUCUAAAAUAGGAAAAUACCCGCAUGUGGAGGACUAUCGGCGCACGGUGACGGAGAUCGACGAGAAGGAAUACAUCAGCCUGAAGAUCAUCGUGUCAGAGCUCAGAAAUCAAUAUGUGGCGCUACACGACAUGAUCCUGAAGAACAUCGAGAAGAUCAAGAGGCCUCGCAGCAGUAACGCCGAAGCCUUGUACUGAUCGCCAACGCCAUGCCAAUCUCCUGUGGCCCCGCCCCCUUAGAGGCUCCGUCAUUUCAGUACAAUCAACCAAACACGGACACCACUCUUGUUUUGUUUUUUAAUUGUAAAAUGCUUUUUUCUUCUUCUUUUAAAUCUUUCUUUGGGAGGAAACUUGAGGAAGUUCACGGCAACAGUCUUUUUUUUAUUAUUUUAAUUAAAGUUAUGUACGCA